AUGGCUAAUAAAAGUUUUGUAAUCGGUGCACUUCUUUAUCCCGAUUAUGACCUUUUGGAUUUUAAUGGUACAAUUCGUUUUCUAGGAAGCUUAAAAUCUGAACAGGAGCUUGAUGUAAAAAUAAUUACAAUUUCUCAAAACGGAGGAAAAUGUGCAUCGGCUAGUCAAUGUCUUAAUUGGUCAGAUUAUUCUUUUGAUGAUU